AUGUAUUUAUGUUCUCCUGCAGGACGAUCAGUCCAGGACGACGGAUGCGGUGCUUUGAGAGGAGAGGGAGUACCGUCGCUGCACUUCUUCUCCAGUCCAGAUUAUCCCAACCUGUACCCACCGAAUAUGGACUGCGUUCGUGUGAUCCAAGCCAGGCCUGGAUUCGACCUGCUUGUCAACUUUCAUCAUCACUUUCAGAUAGAGACGUUCUACACUGCUGACAAGAAUGUUGAUACCGAAACAGUUACCUCGAACUGCCCCAAUGAUUUUGUU